GCGCGCGUCGUUUUCUUUCUUUUCUACCUAAAAUUGUGAUUCGUACUUGAGUGCUAGGUUGUUAAUCGAUAUCGAUUCACUGCGGAAAAAUUUUCACAAAUCAGUGGCUUUUCAAAUAAUGUGAAACUUAAAAACAUUUUUCGUUUUCUUCUCGGUGUUUGUGUCUUAACGUUAGGAUGCAUCGGCGGGGCGGGAAACGCAUACGGAUGGAUGAUCCUCCUCCGGAGUAUGUGAACCCGAUGACUCCGGCGACUCCGAUGACCGACUAUGGCGGACAGUCUGUGCACGAGCCCGAGACGCCUAAUCCCAACUACUCUGGAUUUAACGUAGGCGCUGUGGCCAACUCAACUGCUGUUGAAGCACCUAGAGAGGACGCUGAGGACCCCGAAGAGGAGGAAGCGAGAUCGCCAUCGCCAACGCCGACGAAGCGUAUAACUCGUAGCCGUGGUCGCGGCGGCGAUGGAGGCUACGUUGGGCGCCUAGCGGAAUCGCCACCGCCACCGCCGUUGCGGCGUCGCGGCCGCGGCGGCAGAGGCCGUGGCCGGGGUCGGGGCGCGGCGCCGCCGCCCGCUUACUCGCCACCGCCUGUGCUGCUGCCAGGAGAUGAUGAGAACAGUCUCUAUAACAUUCUCAGAUUCAAUAAAACUGCUAUAAAUCAAGUUGUGGACAUGUGGAUCGAACAGUACAAGAGCAACCGUGAGGGUGCACUGGUACAAUUGAUGCAGUUCUUUAUUAAUGCAUCUGGCUGCCGUGGGAAGGUUACGCUUGAUAUGGCCCAGAUGGACCACACACUAAUCAUCAAGAAGAUGACUCAAGAAUUUGAUGAGGAAAGUGGAGAGUACCCCUUAAUAAUGACAGGGCAGACUUGGAAGAAGUUUAGGUCAAAUUUCUGUGAGUUCAUCCAGACACUGGUGAAAAUGUGCCAGUAUUCCAUCAUCUAUGACCAAUACCUCAUGGAUAAUAUAAUUUCGCUACUUACUGGCCUCUCUGACUCUCAAGUGCGUGCUUUUAGGCACACGGCAACACUGGCCGUUAUGAAGCUGAUGACGGCGCUGGUGGACGUGGCGCUGCUGACGAGCGUGAACUGCGACAACUGCCUGCGCCAGUACGAGGCCGAGCGGCUCAAGGCGCGCGACAAGCGCGCCUCCGAGCGCCUCGAGGUGCUCGUGGCCAAGCGCCAGGAGCUCGAGGAGAACAUGGAGGAGAUCAAGAACAUGCUGUCUUACAUGUUCAAGUCGGUCUUCGUGCACAGAUACAGGGACACCUUGCCGGACAUUCGCGCGAUCACGAUGGCCGAGAUCGGCAUCUGGAUGGAGAAGUUCCCCGCGCACUUCCUCGACGACCUCUACCUGAAGUACAUCGGGUGGACGCUGCACGACAAGGUGGGCGAGGUGCGGCUGCGCUGCCUGCAGGCGCUGCAGCCGCUGUACGAGUGCGACGAGCUGAAGGGCAAGCUGGAGCUGUUCACGUCCAAGUUCAAGGACCGCAUCGUGGCCAUGACGCUGGACAAGGAGACCGACGUGGCCGUGCACGCCGUGAAGCUGGUGAUCGCCAUCCUCAAGAUGCACCCCGACGUGCUGACGGACAAGGACUGCGAGAACGUGUACGAGCUGGUGUACUCGUCGUGGCGCGGCGUGGCGGCGGCGGCGGGCGAGUUCCUGAACGUGCGCCUGUUCCGGCCCGACGCCGCCGCGCCCGCGCCGCGCAGCCGCCGCGGCAAGGCGCGCCUGCCGGCCACGGCACUGGUGCGCGACCUGGUGCAGUUCUUCAUCGAGUCCGAGCUGCACGAGCACGGCGCCUACCUGGUGGACUCGCUGGUGGAGUCCAACCCCAUGAUGAAGGACUGGGAGUGCAUGACGGACCUGCUGCUGGAGGAGGCGGGCCCGGGCGAGGAGGCGCUGGACAACCGCCAGGAGUCCUCGCUCAUCGAGCUCAUGGUGUGCUGCGUCAAGCAGGCCAGCACCGGCGAGCCGCCCGUGGGCCGCGGCCCGGCGCGCCGCCACCACGCGCCGCUGUCCAAGGACCAGGCCAAGCAAGUGAGCGACGACCGCGCGAAGAUGACGGCGCACUUCAUGGUGACGCUGCCGGCGCUGCUGGACCGCUUCGGCGCCGACCCCGAGAAGCUCACCAACCUCGUGACCAUCCCGCAGUACUUCGACCUGGAGCUGUACACCACGCAGCGGCAGGAGGGGAACCUGACGCUGCUGCUGAACAAGCUGCGCGACAUCGUGUCCUCGCAGACGGAGGCCGAGGUCGUGGAGGCCUGCGGCCGCACCCUGGAGGUGCUGUGCUCGGCGCAGCACGCCGUGUACACGCGGUGCAACGUGGCGCGGGCCACCAUCACCGACAUGUGCGUCAACCGCUACAAGGAGGCCAUCGACGAGUUCCGCAGCCUCAUCGAGGGGGGCGAGACGCCGGACGCGGACGAGGUGUUCAACGUGGUGAACUCCCUGCGCAAGGUGUCCAUCAUGUACAUGUGCCACAACCUCAACGACACCAACAUCUGGGACUCGCUGUUCGAGGACCUGCCCAAGUGCGUGAAGGGCAGCGAGAGCCGCAUGCCGCCGCAGGCGCUGGUGUUCGUGGUGCGCGCGCUGUUCUACUCGCUGCUGUGGUCGCUGCACGAGCUGGAGGAGCGCGCGGCGCAGGGCGCGGCCGUGGACGCGGACGCGGCGGCGCUGCGCGAGCGCCUGCAGGCCUACGCGCAGCACUGCCGCGACGUGGCGGCGCGCGGCGCGUCGCCCGAGCUGCGCGAGGAGGCCUACACCAGCCUGUGCGACCUGCUGGUGUUCUUCGCCGAGACGCUGGCCGCCGUGCACCACCCGGCGCUGCCCGCCGCGCGCGCGCUGGUGCUGGAGCCCGACGCGCCGCUGUGCGACCUGCUCAACGACUUCAUCCAGGAGUUCGUCUUCGUCAACCACAACUACGACGGGCAAGACGAGCGACGGAUCGAGGAGCUGCACAAGAGGCGCAACUUCCUGGCGGCGUACUGCAAGCUCAUCGUGUACAACGUGGCGCCCAUCCGACGCGCCGCGGACGUGUUCAAGCACUACAUCAAGUGCUACAACGACUACGGCGACAUCAUCAAGGCGACGCUGAGCAAGGCGCGCGAGAUCAACAAGCAGAGCUGCGCCAUGACCAUGGAGCUGGCCAUGCAGGCGCUGUACACGGACGCGCGCAACCGCCACAAGCACGUGUCCCGGCAGCUGCCCGAGAUGCAGGAGCUCAAGGAGCUGGCGAAGCGGUUCUCGGUGAUGUUCGGCCUGGACCUGGUGAAGAACCGCGAGGCGCUGACGGCGCUGCACCGCGCGGGCAUCGCCUUCGCGGCCCUGGACGCGCCCGCGGCCGCGCCGGGGCCCAACCUGCAGUUCCUCGACGCGCUCGCCGAGUUCUCCAACAAGCUGCUGCGCCAGGACAAGCGCCACGUGCUGAAGUUCCUGGAGUCGCGCUUCGCGCUGGGCGCCGUGUCGUGGGGCGAGGAGUGGGCGGCGCUGAGCUCGUACCGCGCCUCGCUGCUGGCCGACGCGCCCGACGAGCGCCCGCCGCCCGCCAAGAAGCACUACGCGCGCAAGCAGCGAGGCCACGCCGAGGAGGAGGAGGGCGACGACAACGCGGACUCCGACCAGGACCAGCCCGGGUGAGCGCGUCGAGCGUCCUCUCUCCUAGUUAGCUCUCCGCUUGGUGCAGAGCCGCGGCGCGUCGCGUCGCCCGAUUAGUAAUAUUAAUCAUAUUUAAGUAUUCCUUGUAAUGAAAUCAAUUUUAUACUUAUUUUCUAUGUAUUGUAUUAUGACAU